CACGACCAAAAAAUUAUGCCUUGUGUCUCCACUUUCCCUUCCUGACGGCAACUUAUUCUCUUGUGUACACUCAAUUUACAACCAUCACCACCAUCCCCGGAAGCAUAAUUCCUUCCCUUCCUUCACCAGCACGCCGAGGAGAAAGAGAAAGACAAGAGAGACUAACCCUUCGUUAAAAUCCCCCCUCAUCAACCUCUGCUCUUUCCAUACCAAAUGUCCACCAUGAAGUACCAUGAAAUCUCCCACUUCAGCCACCCCCAGCACGUCCUCAAGUUCGAGUACACCGAGUCCCCGUUCAAGUGCGACGGGUGCAAGGAGAUCGGCAUCGGGUCGCGCUACAGCUGCCCCUGGUGCGACUACGACCUCCACUCCCACUGCGCCCUCCCGUCCACGACCAUAUCCCACCCCUUCUACCCCAAGUGCUCCUUCCAGUUCCUGUCCAGGCCGCCGGCGGAGGACGGGCCUCGGUACUGCAACGCCUGUGAGAAGGACGUGACGGGGUUCGUGUACCACUGCCAGGCCUGCGGGUUCGACCUCCACCCGUGCUGCGCGAAGCUUCCGAUGGUGCUGGACGACGGCGACGUGAAGCUCUACCUGUAUAGGAAGGUGAGCGCGCCUUGCCUUAAGUGUGGGAAGAAAGGCAGGAGCUGGAGCUACAGGUCCAGCUGCAAGAGGUACAAUUUGCACGUGGCUUGUGUGAGGGAGAUGUUGGUGGAGAGUUGGCAUGACAUAUACGUCGGGCUUGGGAAAGGCGGCAGCGGCGGCGGCGGCUGGGGGACUAGGAGAGGGCUUCCGACGAGAAUCCCCAGGUUGAAGGACACGCUCCAGACACCACAUAACAGGAGCAGGAGCAACAAAAAGACGUGUUGCGAGAUGGCGGGCCUGGCUCUUCAGUUUGUGAUAUCCGCGGUGUUAGGCGACCCGACAACCCUCAUCGCUGGUGUUAUCGGCUCGCUCAUGUCUCGGGCGUGACCGGCGGCGAUUUAAUCGGACUGGAUUGUGAGUUUGCUAGUAAGGGACAUGAUGAAUAACGCAUCCAAGAUCUGGGUGGUGUCCAGAUGGUGCGUGCAUGCAUGAUGAUACGGUCUUUAUUAGGUUAUAAUCCAAAGUGUCCGAACUCCUCUAUUGUGAAUAGACUUGUUCACCGUGCUUUAGUUUUUCAUUCACGUUCUCUC